CUAGCGGGCUGCGCGUGCGCGAGGUGGAGGCGCGCCCCUGGCGGCCGUUAAAAAUGGCGACUGUCAGCGACCUGAAGGCUGUUUUAAAGGAUACCUUGGAAAAAAGGGGAGUCUUAGGGCAUUUAAAAGCGAGAAUUCGAGCCGAAGUUUUCAAUGCCCUAGAUGAUGAAAAUGAACCCCGACCAACAUUGUCUCAUGAAAACCUUCUUAUUAAUGAAUUAAUUCGGGAGUAUUUGGAAUUCAACAAAUAUAAGUAUACAGCGUCUGUCCUCAUAGCAGAAUCUGGUCAACCUGUAGUUCCAUUGGACAGGCAAUUUCUCAUCCGUGAACUGAACGCAUUUGAAGAGUCAAAGGAUAAUACAAUACCUCUUUUAUAUGGGAUUUUAGCUCACUUCUUGCAUGGAAUUAAGGAUGGCAUCCAAAAUACAUUUCUGAAAGGAUCUUCACUUCAGCCUCCACAUCCAAAUCUUGGUAGACAACCUAGUGGAAGAAAGCAAAUGGUGCCAGAGACAUCAGAGACUCAAGUUCCAGUCAAUGAAGCUUUGGGUGCCUAUUCUGUGGAAAGCUCUGUGGAAGAUUCAGAAAUGAGGAUGACUGCUGAACCAAUAGAAGAACAGUGAUUUUGCGAAUUCUUUUUCUUGAUCAUCAAAAAUUUUCUUGGCCUCUUUGUGCAAUGACUUAUGAAUUGUUAGCCACAAACUGCAUUAUGUUCUAUUAAUAUAUUUAAGCAUUCCAUUUCCUUUUUCAACUCUAGUUUACUGUUUGAAGGACACUUAAGUUUUAUUUCACAACAUUGACAAGGUUAUGAUGUUGAAAUAAUUAUUCUUCAGAUUACAGUACCUUAUCUCUACAUAAGCUCAUCCAGCUGAAAUGUAAAACAGUAAACUUAAAUUCUCUUUUAUUUGAAAACAAGCCCAAAGCAUGCCAACAUGAAAGCACUUUUUUCAAAGUGCUGAAAAAAAUGAAGAGAGUGUGUAUAGACACAUUUACCUUUGAAAUAGUAGCCACUUCAUCUAUGCUGCUGCUAUUGGUGUUUGUUGUAUUAGAGGCAAAGUAGUUGCUAUAGAUAAAAGACCAGAUACUUUAUAAUAUACAAAAUGAUUAUUAGCUCAACUUUAUGCACAUAUGUGAAGAAGUACAUCAAUAACAUACAUUUUUUAAUAAUGCUUUUCUAGAAAACCUAAAAUGGUUGUCCUAAAGAUACUGUUUUCUUUUGUCCAGUAAAGCUGCCUAAAAUUGAGGGAGAUUGUUUUUCAUGUGUGAACCAGACCUGUAGUAGUAAUUACAUUAUUUCUGAGGAUGACCAGCUCUGAAUUAAUAAUACUGUGUGUAUAAUCAAAUUGUCUUCAGAAUUAGAAAAUCCAGUAUGUGUUUUUGGUGCUAAAAUUACAUUUCUAACAACUUGUCUAAAUUUGUAUUUUUCUCAUGUUAUAAAAAAUAUCAUUAAAAAGUGUUAUUUUUUCAGUUGUAUUAAGUGGUUCACAUUUUCUUAGGAAUUAAGUUUGUGCAUUUCAUUGUUGUCACAUUAGAUACUAAAUUUCUUCAGGUUCUUUUAAUCUAGAACACUUCUGCCUCUUUCCUUUUCCCCCACAUGACAGAAGAGAUUGAGCAGAAGUGACCAGGGCCCCUUGUUUACUAUUGUGGGGGCACAGUGGGUGGUCACAGGGCCUGUGGGCUCCUGAACUCUCAUGGAACUUUAUUGUUUUGUUUUUGGCUGAGGAACUUUUUCUACAAUUUCUUGGAGAGUUUCUGAUUUGGGCAGGAAAAUGUAAACUGUGCUAGUUUUCUUCUUGCCACAAGAGGGUGUGGCUGGGAGGCAUUUCUGAAGAAAGUUGGGUGGUUUUUUUUUUUAUUUUAAUUGAAGAGCUCUGAAAUUCCUCAAAAUGCUAAUUAAACACCCUGUCCUUUCUUGUGAAUUCCAUUUGUUGCAUGUAAUGUAAGAGAAGUUUGUAGUGCUUACCAGUGGGAUCACUCCAGGGGGUACUCUAUUAAAAAAAAAAAAUCAAGAAAAAUUUUUGAGUAAUUAGUCGCUAGUACUAAACAUUUCUGAUGUUUUUCAAUAGUGUUUAAAAAUUUGUUUUUUCAUUGUCCAAAACCAUCUAAAGAACUCAUACAAUAUUAAAUAUUAACAUCCUGAAAUAUAUAUAGCUAUGACUGCCUACCGCCUAUUUUAAUUUGGGAUAAGCAUUGACAUUCAUUUCUGUUAAUUUCAGAUGGCCACCUAAGCAAAGAGAAGGGGAAAAAUACUAAUAUUGAAAAUCUUCAUAUUUCUCAAACUGUGAAGAGAUGAUAUUUCCAUUUGAGGCAUCUUUUAUCUUAAAAUUGUAUGUAUUAAAUAACUUAUUUAUUUUCUUGUUACCAAACUGCAUCACUAAUAUUCAUACUUUGUAGAAAUUUGAGUUUCUGCAAAAUAUUUAGUCUUUCGUAUUUUACUGCAUUUGUGAAUAAAAGCGAACUCUCUCAUCUAGCUUUUUGGAUUUGACUUGAAAGAAAAUAUAUUGUUUUUAGGAAGUAUUUUAAAGGUCCUUAUAUUUAUGAGAAAUGAAAGGGUUUUGUAGUACACUAUACAUUCUUCCAAAAAUAAUCCAGAUCCUUAUAGCCAUAUCAUCUGCUCGUUAGCAUGGUACAUUAAUUAAAUUUACUUCAGGCUGGAAUUAAGUAGGUUUGUAGAAAAAUUCAUGUUUUAAAAAAAAAGAUCAAAGCCAGAAAAAAACUAAAAUUUCUAUAAAGUUAUCCUUUUCUUUAUAAUUAGCUAUUUUUCAGAUAACCAUUUAUGAUUAAAGUAUCUGAAUUACUACCGAAAUUUGAACUUUGAAACUAGGUAACAAUGUACUUUUUCUUUCCUUAGAUCAUUUUGGCUUCUACUGGAAGAUUUAAUUAAAAUGUAGAGGGGGAACUAAUUCUUUUAAUUUUGCUGUAAGUAAAACAAAGAGUUUAUUUUACUGCACGAAGAAUGUGGAAUCAGCAUGAAGAGACAGGCUUUAGGAGAAUGCUAGAAAGUACCUUUUAAAAGUUGGCAUUGUUUAACCUCCAUGUGGCCUUCAGUUAUGCAAUUAUAAGAAGAGCUAUGAAAGGACCAACCCCCUGAUUCUUUGGGCUCUGAAAGUUAUUAAAUGUCCAUUUUUAUUCUUGAGAUAGAAAAAUAGUAAGAGCCAUUGUAGUGUUAUCUCUCACGUGCUAUUUUGAUACUUAUUAAGGUAUUUUUUUAAAUGUAGAGUCUAUAGACUGAUUUCACUGAAAACUGACUGUUAAUGGUAGGCACCUGAGUGGCAGAAGCCCUAGGUGUAUUCAGAACACAACUGCAUGGGUGCCAGAACGCUGACAACAUUUAGCUUAGACUCCUCCCAUAGGGAUGGUGAUGGGCUAUAGUGAAGAGAUCCCCUUAACUAUACUUCACAAGUCAGAGGGUUUUGAGAAGCCCUGUUGGUGGGCUAAAAUUACAAUACAUAUAUGAGAGAGAGAACUAUUCCAAGGGCUUAUUUUCAUUUUCAAAUGAAAUCUGUAGUAUCUGAUUAUAAUUACUAACCCUAUUGUAUAUGGGAAUAUAAAUAUCUGAAUUUUUCUCAGAGGACUUGGUUUACAUCCAAAGAUGUUGGCAGUGGACACUAAGUUUACCUCAGGAAUUGCAAUCAUGCAGCACUAGAUUAAGAAAAAAUGCUGGAGUUUAGCAUUUUAGAUACUGAUAAAAAUGACCAAAAUAGAAACUAAACAGAAUUGUCACAUGUAGUCCACUGUAGUUUCAUAAGCGUUAUCCUAUAACUUGUUUGUACCCAGGCAACUUUUGUACUUUUGAUGUAACAUGUAAUAAAAAAACAUUAAGCAAUUCA